UGACGCGAACCUCAACCGCCCGCCGACGCAGCAACGCGUGUUCAUUUAUUGCGCGUGUUCCUUGUGGACGGUGUUCUUUCCGGUCUUCCUAAAUUCGACAUCUGUCUCGUCAGUGAAGUAGGCCGAUAUAUCCGGAUUCAACAUCGGAACGAGAGACAAGGAGAGAGAGCGCUCCCCGCUUGUACGAGAGAAAAUCUUUCCCCGGAUUUCCGAUCAAACAUGAGAAGAUCCACAGGAUUCUGUUUGACGGCAUUAUGCCUCGUCAUUGCUUGCCUUGCCAAAGUCGAGGUAGACGAGGGUGUCCUGGUGAUUACCAAGGAUAACUUCGAUAGUAUCAUUCAGGACAACGAAUACGUGCUCGUCGAAUUCUACGCUCCAUGGUGUGGACAUUGCAAAGCUCUAGCGCCGGAAUAUGCUAAAGCUGCAAAGAAAUUGGAAGAAGCUCAGUCACCAAUUAAAUUAGGCAAAGUAGAUGCAACAGUCGAAACCCAACUUGCUGAGAAACACGGUGUGAGGGGAUAUCCUACUCUCAAGUUCUAUCGUAAAGGAAAUCCAAUCGAUUACACGGGUGGUCGUCAAGCUGAUGAAAUUGUAUCCUGGCUGAACAAAAAGACUGGACCGCCUGCUAAAGACUUGCCAACAGUCGAUGAAGCAAAAUCUUUUAUUGAUGCACACGAUGUCGUUAUUGUUGGUUUCUUUAAGGACGUCAGUAGUGACGCUGCCAAGGUCUUCUUGGAAGUUGGCAACAGGAUCGAUGAUCACGUAUUCGGUAUUACUAGUGCCGAUGAAGUAUUUAGUAAAUACGAAGUAGAAGAUGGAAAGAUUGUCUUGUUUAAGAAAUUUGAUGAAGGUAAAGCUGUCUUUGAUGAGGAGGUUACCGCUAAGAAUGUGGAGAAUUUUAUUUUCGUAAAUUCAUUACCUUUGGUCGUCGAAUUCAACCAGGACACAGCACAGAAAAUAUUUAGCGGUGAUAUCAAGAGCCACUUGUUAGUUUUUCUCAGCAAGAAAGCUGGUCAUUUUGAAAAAUACCUUAAAGGAAUUCAAGAACCCGCGAAGAAAUACCGUGGUGAGGUUCUGUUUGUGACGAUCGACUGCGACGAGACCGAUCACGAACGCAUUCUGGAAUUCUUCGGUUUGAAAAAGGACGACGUACCCGCUAUGCGGCUUAUCAAGCUCGAACAGGAUAUGGCCAAAUAUAAGCCCGACAAUCCAGAGAUCACUACCGAAAACAUUGUGGAAUUUGUCAAUGCUUUCAUAGAAGGUAAAUUGAAGCGACAUCUGCUUACGCAAGAUCUGCCCGAAGAUUGGGACAAAAAUCCAGUUAAGAUUCUCGUCAGUACGAAUUUCCACGAAAUUGCCUAUGACAAAGAGAAGGAUGUUCUCGUCGAAUUCUAUGCACCUUGGUGCGGCCAUUGUCAACAGCUUGCGCCCAUUUACGAGCAACUUGGUGAAAAGUAUAAGAGCAACGACAAGCUAGUUAUCGCGAAAAUGGAUGCCACUGCCAACGAACUAGAAGAUGUAAAGAUCAUCAACUUCCCCACACUCACUCUCUACAAGAAAGAAACGAACCAGGCUAUAGAGUUCAAUGGCGAAAGAACGCUCGAGGGUCUUUCCAAAUUCAUUGAAAGCGGUGGAAAGUACGGUCAAGCACCAGAUGAGGCUCAAGAGGAAGACGAGGACGACGAUGUGCCAAGGAAGGACGAGUUGUAAACGCACAUAAUCAUUAUAAGGAAUAAAAUCAUUGUUCAAUCUUUUUUA